AUGCCUCACAAAAAAGAAAAAGUCCAUGCUACCAACGCGCCAGCACCUCCAUCCUUCCUCUCUCAGGGAGUUGUUGUCGGCGACAUGGUGUAUGUUUCCGGGGCCAUUGGUGUUGACCCGAAGACAAAUCAAUUAGUGGAAGGGACUAUUCAAGAUAGAACAACCCAGUGCCUAAAGAACAUCUCCAGCAUAUUAAAUGCUGCCGGCACUUCCAUCGAAAACGCCGUCAAGGUUAACGUCUUCAUUACUGACAUGAGUAAUUACGACUUGAUGAACCAAGCUUACAGUGAGGUCUUCAACCAGGGCGUUGUACCAGUCCGAACAUGUGUCGCUGUGAAGCAGCUUCCCAGACUUACUGAUGUCGAAAUUGAAGCAUCGGCUCAUCUUUGA